UGUGACCACGGUGCUGUCAGGUGAAUACGCCACCGCUGGAAAAGAGAAGUUACUUGAACAUAUCAAUAUAGAGAGAAAAAAGAUAUUUGAAGGCAUCUGAACGAAACACGACAACGUUUUCCAGCUUUACUAAACAAGAUCUCCACCUGCUUCUCCAGAAUGUUCUCUCUGAGGAAAGUAUCUUACGGGUAGCGCUCGAUCACCCUCGGUCUGUGGCGUGGAGAUGGUCACUUGGGCUGCCUUGCUGAUCGUAUGCAUAUGGAUACAAACGCUGACUACCUCAGGACAGCACACAUGUCCUUUCACUCCACGCGUGCUGGUGGAUUCCUCUGUGAAAUACUCCCUCCCCUACUUUCAAACAGACAAACCUAUUCAAAACAUAGCGGUUUACUCAGCUUGGGAUCAGCCACCUGAGGUGUAUGUUGGGAGCCAGAAUGUAAUAGAGGCAGUUAAUUCUACUUUAAGUAAAAUAUGGGAGGUGAAAACUGGACCUGUUGGCAGUGCUGACUGUGAAACCUGUCAGGUGUGUGACAUAGAAACGGAUCCUGGAGAUCCAGUGGAUACAGACAAUGUGGUUCUGAUUAUAGAUUUAGGUGUCGUUCCUGAUCCUUACUUAUACAUUUGUGGGAGUACUCAACAUGGGAUCUGUCACUUCAUGGAGAUUGGCCCUACAAAACCUGAUCCAGAGUGUUUAUACAAAAAAGAGAACAACUCUCCAACCCUCUGUCCAGACUGUGUGGCCAGCCCACUUGGAACCAAAGUCACCAUAGUUGAACAGGGAUUCAUCUCCCUAUUCUUUGUAGCAUCCUCUGUCAACAGUGAUGUGGCACAGAGGUAUCCCAGGAGGUCAAUAUCAGCAUUGAGGCAGUUUUCUACUGAAGAUGGAUUUGAGGUUGUCAGCAAGGGCCUGUCGGUGCUCCCCAAUCUGCAGGACUCCUACAAGAUUGACUACAUCUACAGCUUCUCCACCAGGGAAUUUGUCUACUUCCUGUCCCUGCAGAGAGAAAACCCAUCAAGGAACAACUCAGCUUUUCAGACUCGUCUCGGGCGACUGCCAGUUACAACUCCAGAGGUGUGGAUGUACAGGGAGGUGGUGCUGGAGUGCAAGUACGACACAAAGCGCAGGAGGAGGCGUAGAGGGACAUUCAGGGAUGUUGUGUACAACGGGUUACAAGCAGCACACUUUGGGCGAGCGUCAAAACAGUUGGCAGACGAGCUGAGGGUGAGCGAGACAGAGGAUAUUCUGUAUGGAGUGUUCGCAGAGGUGAAUGAGAGCGGUGUACCUAAGAAGAGCUCGGCCCUGUGUGCCUUCCCUUUGACUAAAGUGAAUGAUGCCAUUGAGAAGGGCGUGGAUGCCUGCUGCAAGUCAGGAACAGAGCAGCUGUCCAGAGGUCUCUGUCACUUCCAGCCGUGUGAGAGCUGCCCACACGAAAACUCUCAAGAUGACACAUGCACCUCCAAAGCCACCCUAGUGUCAAAGCCGUACUACAGACUUGACCUCUUCAACCAGCAGAUGAGAGACGUCCUUUUCACAGCUGUCCUGGUCACGAUUAUCGGGGAUCAGACAAUCGGCCACUUUGGUACCUCAGAUGGACGGAUACUGCAGGUGAUUCUUAGCGUGAACACACCGAUUGUUUUUGCCAACUAUUCUCUCGAAGGAUCUGCGGUGUCCAGGACAGCAGCUGUGUACUCAGAAGAUACGCUUCUCUUUGUAGUUGGAAAUAAGAUGUUUAAGGUACCUUCUGCAGGACCAGGGUGUGCACAUUUUGCCACAUGCCCCAAAUGUCUGACAGCUCCACUCUUCAUGAAGUGUGGCUGGUGUUCGGGAAUCUGCUCGAGGCAGCAUGAGUGUGCCUCACAGUGGAACACAGACUCUUGUGCGCCUGUCGUAACAGAGUUUUUCCCUAAAGCUGCUCCUGCUGGUGGUAAGACUGAAAUGACACUGUGCGGCUGGGAGUUUCGCUCACCUGGGCCUCCGCGCAGCAUCAGCAGCGACACCCAUGUUAUCACAGUGGGCACUGGGACCGCAUGUACUGUCCUACCUGAGAAGAGCAAUGGUACAAAGCUUGUGUGCAGGAUAGAAGAAAUCAGUCCACAAGACAACCUCACCAUCACUCUGAACGUAAAGGAGGGUGAAGUGAAGGGCAGAUACUCAAUCGAUGGCAACACAGAGAUGUCUGGCUUCUCUGUUGUGGAGCCCAGCAUUACAGAAAUCAGGCCCAAUUAUGGACCUGUGUUUGGAGGAACAACAGUUACGCUGACAGGCAGAUAUCUUACCUCUGGGGUAAAAAGAGAUGUCUUCUUUGGGGGCAAAAAAUGCAACAUUGAAAGUUCUCCUACAGAUAGUGAGGCUUUGUCCUCAAUCGUCUGCACCACAGCAGCUGCAGCAGGUGUGGGGGAUGUACCUGUAAAAGUUGUCAUCGAUGAAUUAGAAGUGACGAUCACCGAGACAUUCCUCUACAAGAAAAACCCUGUCAUAACCUCUGUACAACCUCUCUGCAGUUUCCAAAGUGGUUCCAAGCUGGUGAUAGAGGGUCAGAAUCUUGACACUGCACAUAAAACUGAGAUUCAAUACACUCCAAACACUCCACCCAAUCAGUCUCUUAAACAAGUCUGCAGUGGCACAAAGAAUGCAACACACAUGGAGUGCUGGGCCCCGGCUUUUCCUGAGGAAAUGCCUGAAGACAAGUCAGACACAGGAGUGAUUUUUAUUCACAUGGACGGGAAAAAAAAUCUCUGGAAAAGUCGAUUUGACUAUCACCCUGAUGUCACAGUCAUUCCAUUUGAAAAUGAUGAUAAAUUAUUACCUCUAAAACCAGGAGAGACGGAAGUUUCACUACAUCAUAAUAAACUGAAUACAGUGAGCACAUGCAUGAAGAUCAUUAUGACCAUUGGUGGAGUGAACUGUAACGCCCAGGUUCUUCUCAAUGAACUGACAUGCAGGAUCCCCAAAGGCCUCGUCAUCCCUAGUGAGGGACUGCCUGUCAAGGUGUCUGUGAACAGGGUAGUUUACGAUGUGGGUACAGUUGUGAACGAUGACGGCAACCAGGCGACUGUGAUCAUUGGAAUAGUGCUGGGUAUCCUGGUUGCUUUGGUGGUAGGUGCUGGACUUGCAUUAGUAGUGAUGAUCCAUUUGAGGAAGAAAAAGAGAGCCAACAUCGAGAAUCGUUUAUCAACGAUGCUUUCACAGAACCGCAUGAGCAGCAGCCGUAAUUCCUCCCCAACAGGUGACUACAGACGAGUUGAUCUGGCCAGUCAAACUUCAGGUUCAGGAGCAAUGGCGUUCCAAGGGUUGGUAUAUGCUGCCAGCCAUGACCAUUUGGCGAUCCCUUUGAUGCCACGAGACAACAUCUCCAUGGUCAGUCUGAGUUCUGAUCUUCUUGAGGAGGUCAAAGAUGUCUUGAUCCCCGCUGACAUGCUCAGGAUUGAGGAUAGUCAGAUAAUCGGAAAAGGCCACUUUGGAACUGUUUAUCAUGGAUACCUAAUUGAUAGCAACAAGCAUGAGACCCACUGUGCUGUCAAAUCAUUAAACAGGAUCACAGAUUUGGGAGAGGUGGACCAGUUCCUCAGAGAGGGCAUCAUCAUGAAAGGUUUCCAUCACCCUAACAUACUGUCUCUGCUGGGCAUCAUGCUGCCCAAAGAAGGGCUCCCUCUAGUGGUUCUACCUUAUAUGAAGCAUGGGGAUGUGCGACAUUUUAUCCGCUCUGAGAAGAGGAACCCAACAGUGAAAGACCUGAUUGGCUUUGGACUCCAAGUUGCCAAGGGUAUGGAGUAUUUAGCCCAGAAGAAAUUUGUCCACAGAGACCUGGCUGCACGUAACUGCAUGCUGGAUGAAACCUUCACUGUGAAGGUUGCUGACUUUGGGAUGGCAAGGGACAUCUAUGACAAAGAGUACUACAGCAUUCAGGAUCACAAACGGGUGAAGCUGCCAGUGAAGUGGAUGGCUAUCGAGAGCCUGCAAACACAGAAGUUCACUACCAAGUCUGAUGUAUGGUCAUACGGCAUCUUAAUGUGGGAGCUGAUGACCAGAGGUGCAAGCCCGUAUCCGAAUGUGGACCCUUACGACAUCACACACUACUUGUUGAAGGGGCGUCGGCUUCCUCAGCCGCAGUUCUGCCCUGACACUCUUUUUUCUAUCAUGCUGACAUGUUGGGACCCGGAGCCUGAAUUCAGACCCAGCUUCAGCAGCCUGGUUUCAGAGGUACAGCAAAUCCUGUCCUGUCUAGAAGGAGAGCACUACAUCAGUCUGAAGGUGAACUACGUCAACUUGAACCAGCCGAGACCUUACCCAUCCCUGACUGGAUCUGCAGAUGAGGCUGAGGCCUCAGACUCAGAGGCAGAGAGUAAUUCUGCCAGCUGAGAGUGUUUAGACCAAACACACUCAGAAAGAGACGGAAAACAGCCAGAACUUAGCCUGGAUCUAUUUAUACAUUUCAUAGAGAAUAAAUCAUGUCUGCAAGUGCACAGGAUUCUGAUGUAACAGCUACUGUAGAGACUAUAAACUCUUAUUGGAACAGACAUUUUCUUAUUUGUGACACUGCUGAUCCUUGGUGGAUCACAGGGAGCUGGAGCCUUUCCCAGCUGAGAGCUGACAAAUGGAGACAGACAAGUGCUGACAAACACACUCAUAGGGUAUUUGAAUUUAGAGUCAUCGAUCAACCUGCGCUACACACUUCUGGACUAGGUGAGGAAGCCGAAGCAUCUGGAGAAAAAAACGUUCAAGCAUGAGGAGAACAUACAGGCACCAGCAAGCGGCAGGUUUGAACUCAGAACCUUUUUACUGAGGCAUCAGCACCAAUCAAUAACCACUGCAAGUGUUUGUUUGUAUCAAAACAGAGACAGAGUGAUGAGAAGUGAGUGUUUGUGUAACAACUGAAGCUCACGUGUGAAUGAGACAAAAUGAAUGUAAAAUGUGCUUUUGUUCUCAUAUUUGUACGAUAAGAUGUAGGGUUACACGAGACUAUGUUGCUGUUAUAUAAAUAUGUGUCUCUAAGCCAUUAUAUAAGACUCUUAGAUAGAAGUUCUUUAAAUGCUGAUAUGUGCUCAGGGUCAACACUUUAACUUCAUAUGUUUUUCUCUCUAUAUGGGGAUAUAAACUAUCCCAUCGUAUCAGAUUUUAGAAUGUAGACUUGGCACAGUGGCUUUGAACUCAUAAUACUGUCUGCAGAAUAUCUUGAUCUGCUCAGAUUUUGAACCACAGAUACUCAAAAGCUCUGCAGCCACUGAAUAAUACAUCGAGCUGUCCGUUCCUUUCAGAUUCCAACUUGGUCUCUGAAACAAACGCAGUUCCUCUCUUUGACACUAGAGGGUGACAAACGCCUCCUCCUGAAGCACCUGACGCUGCUGCUGCUGCUGCAGUGAUACUCCGCACUACAGCAGACAGCUUUGCACAAAGGUGUUACACAAACAACACACCUAUAAUCUGAACAAACUACGUCAGUAUCUCAUUCCGUUCAUGCAGCACCGUUUGCAUCAUACCUUUUUUUGUCUGCAUCUAUUUAAUGAUCUCCUCAACAAAUUAGUUAAUCCAAGGAUGUUAGAAUUCAUGCACUGAUUUUUUUUUCUACUUUUAGACUGACAAGCUGACAAGAAUAUUUGGUUCUGGUGUUCGUGAUAUUUCUUCUUGCUCCAUUUUCUCUCCUCUCAUACAAGACGACCAAAUGACAUUUCUUUGCUCUAUGUUGCACUGAGAGUUUUGUACAAACAAAUGAUUGAUUGUUAAGACUUGUUUUUGAAGAGUGUUAACAAAUUCAACUUCAAAUUAAAACUUGAAGAAGAGAUUUCUGCUCAAAGAAAACAG